UUGUGCACAUUAUAAACAGCAGUAAUGGAAAUUGACUCUGGUGAUAAAUAUGCUUUCUCCAAAUUGUACAAAGAUCGAAAUUUUACCGACAAUUAUCGAAGUAAUGUUCUCAAUAAAGUGAUAGAAAUGGAAGAAUUUGCUUCAUUUUGUCUGCAUCAAAUAUUUCGCGAUGAAGCCUUUCGAGGGAAGAGAAUUCUUGACGUAGGAUGUGGCCCGACCGUUCACAGAAUGGCAGCCCCGAGUAAAUAUUUCUCGGAAAUUGUUUUGUCUGAUUAUACCCAGCACAACCGUAAAGCUGUUCAAGAAUGGUUAAAAGACGAAUCAUCGUCGAAGGAUUGGGAUACUUUGAUGCGAAUGGAAGCAUUACUUGAGGGAUAUGGAAACGUCGAAGAAGGAAUAAACGAAAUUAAACUUCGAUUGCGACAAAAAAUAAAAGAAGUAAUUCCUUGCGAUAUCUUGCAAAAAGACAUCAUUUUCUCGGACGUGGGAAAGUUUGACGUGUUGUUUACCUCUUUGUGCUUAGAAGGGGCUUGCGCCACUUUAGAAGAUUAUAAAACCGCCGUUAAAAACUUCGGAAAUUAUAUUUUGCCGAAUGGAGGAUUUGUAAUGGUGUCCAUAUUGGAAUGUCCAUAUUAUUACUUAGGAAAUAAUGAAAAACUUCCAUCUCUUUUUAUAACUCGAGAGUUUGUAAAUGAAACAUUAAAGGAAGCCGGAUUCGUUAAAAAACAUUGCUUUUUUAUGGAAAAUGAUCAACAACAUCCGGUUGCUAAAUUUAGCGGUUACUUAAUAUCAUCGGCUAUUAAAUCAGUUUAACAAAUUAUAUACGUUGUUUUACACUAAAUUGCUUUAUUAUAAUUACAGUUGAAUGCAACUUUAAACUGUAGGAUUAUAUGAAUGUACUGUACAGUACAUGCUUCGGUUUCGAUAUUAAUAACAUAUUGUAUUUGAUUCUACAUUAUGUCUAAAGAUAAAAACUUAAGAAGCAUAAAAUAAAAUAUUUGUGUUACGAGCGAUAUUAUUAUUAUAUCAUACAGUUUUGUAUAAUGUGCUUUACA